GAGAGUCAUGACUUCUGACGAGUGAUGAGAUCCGGCCUGUCUUUAUAGCUCAGGUCCCUGUCGAUCCGGAGGCUGGAGCAGAUCUUGUCCAUGCAUUACCAGGCCACCCCGCUUGUAGCCGCUGGUACAGUGAUGGCCAUGCUCGGUCCUUCCGUCGAGAUAAACUUCAAGGUCCACGAAGCAGCCGUCGAGACGCUGCACAAAUCCGUGGAAGUGCUCAGCAAGCUUCCGACCAAGACGAGGCGCGCACUGCGAGAUAUGCCUGGCGUCAUCAGAUCGGUGCUGAAAGGCCAAUCGCUCAUCCUGGCCUACAGGGGCAGUGUGGAAACGAGGGAGCAACUGUGCAAGCUGUCGACGAGCGCCUUGUCAGUGAUGGACGACACCGUGGAGCUGGUGAUGCAGACCCAGCGGGGCGUCGAGGGCCCUGCCUCCUUCCUUAGUGACGGCGUGUCCCUCUGGCACUCCAAGGUGGGCGUCGAGGCGCUCCGCAAGAGGCAGCGCUACUACGUCAAGCCCCGUCUCAUGCUCGUGUACGACGAGGCACUCUACGGAUUCUCCAAGACCCUCUCCGUGGUGGUGACGGUGUACAGAAAGAAUCCGUUCCACUGCGGCUCCGGCUUGAAGUUCGUCUCGACGGACGUGGUGAAACCGUAUAUCCGUGACGACGCAACGGGCAUGCGCAUUCGCGGCACACCGGACCACCCUCGCACGCUCCAGGUGGCGCUGGCUCCGGACAAUGCUAACUUCGAGGACACAACGAGCCAGUUGAAGGCCAGCGUUAUGCUCAUUGUCAAGUUCAAAGUUCCCAUGGAAGAGGGUAGCGUGGUGGUGAAGCUGAACCCUGAGUUCAUCAAAUACUUCUUCAUGGCCUUCUUCCAGAAGGACAAGGAGCCCGAGACCAAAGACCUGACGCAGGACAAGAUGAUCAUCCUGCAUCCUUUGGCAACCUUCAUGGUCAUCCUACCUGAGGUGUACAAAGUCAAAGGAGGCGACGAUGCCUAUGUGACGUUUGUGCCACUCGUCGAGGAUUCGGUCAAAUCCCUGGGCCUAAAUAACAUCAAGUACCCGUUUUGGCAUCGCAGCGACAUGAAGAUCUGGUAUUCGGUCACGGCUGAGCACUGGAGCUGCGUCGCCAAGAGCGGUGGAGACUUCUCUUCUGAAGGUUGCGUGAUGGCAAACGUGAGCACGCUGGGAGAAAUCAUGUGCGAGUGCCAGGAGACGGGUGGAGGUGAGGCGGCCAUUGCAGCCCGCUCUCACCCCGUCGAUUUUACGACCAACCUCAAGCCCCUGGUUAACGUGUCUUCGGAAAAGGGGGGCAAGAAGGACGGCAAGCGGCUCAACUUCUACUUCAUCGAGCACCUCAUCCCGAUUCUGCUGGCCGCCCUCUGGGUCAACUUUGUCGUCCUCUUCUACUGGACCAUGAAGAUAGCCGAGAUAGACGAGCAGACGAGUGCAACGGCUGUAGCCCCCGAAAACAAAGCUGGAAACAAAGAAGUCUACAUCCUUAUAUUCCAGACAAGCUACGUCCAGUACGCCGAGACCACGGCCAAGAUCCAGGUGGAGCUGCACGGCACCGAAGGCACGUCUGGCCGCUUCACCCUGCGGGACCCCCGGUGCAACCCGUACUUCCUGCUGUCCGGAAGCAGCAACGGCCUGCUGCUCACCACCGCCCAGACGCUGGGCAACAUCAUCGUGCUCAGCAUCUUCUCGGACAGCGAAGGGACCAGACCCAGCUGGCAUCUGAAAAAGAUUGACGUGGUGCACGAGGGAACCCCGGAGAAGUUCCUUUUCGUCGUGGACAAGUGGCUACGGUUCCAGGAACAGGACCGCGCCGACAUACUGCCGUUUGUGGAAGGCCACGGGAAAACGUUCAUCAUCUUCAAACUAAAUUUUAUGAGGAUGCUGCGACUGUGUCACCUGCUGUUCAGCGUGUUCGCGUGGCCCAGCGGCAGUCGUUUCUCACGGAUUCACCGGCUGGUCACCAUACUGUUCCUCGGAGUCAUCAGCAUGUUCCUGGUGAUGCUGUUUCAGGGCUUUAACCCCUCUACCCGCACCGUACCCAUCAGCUGGAUCAAAAUCAUCCAAGUUGCCUGUCUAACAGCGAUCAUCGUGUUCAUCGCCGGGGUCAUCCUACAAAUAAUCUUUACGUUCUCGAAGCAGAUGCCUCCGAAAAAAGUUCGCCUCACGUCGCGGGACAGCCAAGCCGACGCAUCCAAGUCGGCCCGCAUCUUGACCACCACCAAGUACACCGAGUACACCAGGAACCCCGAAAUAAAGAUCGCCUACGAGGUGCCCGAGUACCGCGACGAGAGCGCCGUCGCGGGUGACAAGGACCAGAGGUCAGCGUCCCUGUACGAGGAUCGCGUCGAAGAAGGCAUCCUGCCGUCGCCCUUGCUCUACGCCGCCCUGCUGGUGGCCCUGGUGGUGUCGUUGGUGCUUUCGGCCUUCAUGGUCCCGAUGGGACUCAGGUACGGCUACGAGGCCAACGUCGCCUGGUUUCAGUCGCUGAUCCUGGCCAUCUUCCUCAACAACGUCAUCAUCGACGUGCUCAAGUCCAUCGGCGUGACGGGCUACGUGGCGACCCGGAAAAAGAAGUGACAGAUCAGCUCCCUCGCUGAUGCUGUACACUCUUGUGUGUUCGCUUUCCUGCAUAUCACGAAGACAGCCAAUUAUGAGGAACACUGGAACGAUCCCAGCCAAUGGCGAAGCUUGGAAUACGACUAGGUUCGCAAAAUGCGAUGUGCGACGGGACAAUGAACAAGGCGUGUCAUUUGUUCAACGUCUCGGCGCACAUGGCAUUUUUCUUUUAUCUAGACAUAUUCUGAGCAGUGUCAUGUGCUGGGAUCUUUCUGUUGCUGGCCGUAAGUGGCUGCUUUCGUGUUCUGCAGAAAAGUAAACUUUCAAUUUUUUUUAAGUGUACCAUCGUUUCUGUUUAUUUUUUGCCGUUUUUUUUUUUUUGAGUUUUUAGGGAUUUAUGUCAGGGUUUAUUUAUCAUUAUUUUUUUACGAGUGUAAAGAUAAUAAAAGUGUGCGUAACCGCUUU